AUGAACAGUGAGGGUGAAAAUACUAUCACGUUUAACUCCACAUUUGUUCGUCCUCUACAUUUUUAUCUCGGUGGGUUUUACAACAUCCCUCAUGUUAAGUAUUACUAUGUCUUCUUGUGCUUCGUGUACGUCAUGACUGUCCUUGGCAAUGGUUUCCUCCUCUCUGUUAUCUACCUGGCGAAGACUCUCCACACUCCCAGAUACAUAAUAGUGUUCAACCUGGCUCUGACAGAUUUGUGUGGGAGCACUGCUCUCAUCCCGAAGCUAUUGGACACGUUUUUGUUUAACAGGCGGUACAUUGUUUAUGAGGCCUGCUUAACUUACAUGUUCUUUGUUUUUUUCUUUGGAAGUAUGCAGUCAUGGACUCUAGUCAUAAUGGCCUAUGACAGAUUUGUAGCAAUUUGCUUUCCAUUGAGAUAUAAUGUUAUUGUAACAACCAAGUCAAUAGUUACAAUUCUGUUGUGUUCGUGGACAUUUCUGGUCCUGAUCAUUGGAGCCUUGGUUGGACUUAUUGAUCGCCUGUCCUUCUGUGCAUCUUUGGUCAUACAAAGUAUUUUCUGUGAUCACGGACCAACGUUUCGCUUAGCAUGUAAUGAUAGAUACAUAAACCACAUAAUGGCUAAUUUCAUUUUUGCUGUAGUCAUUUGUUUUCCUCUCGUACUGAUCGGAGCCACCUACAUUAGCAUUUCUAUAGCACUGAGCAGAACUGCAUCCAAAGAAGAACGACUUAAAGCAAUGAGAACUUGCACUUCUCAUCUGAUUCUUGUGGCCCUUUUUUUUAUACCAUAUCUGGGCACAAAUAUUAUAGUGAAAAUACAGGUAAUUGAUCCUAAUAUGAGGAUAUUAAAUUCUAGUUUAUCACACACAGUUCCCUCUCUGCUAAAUCCGAUCAUAUACGCUUUAAAGACAAAAGAAGUGACAAAUGCUUUUAAAAGGCUUUGCAAAAGAAAGAAAGUAAACAGACUCGUCUCACGAUUGCAAACUCAGACUUUUUAG